AUGCAGUCCACCAUCUUGCAGCAGCAGUUCAAUCGCACCGGGAAGGUGGAGCAUGGUUCGGUGGCGCUGCCUGCUGUGAUGCGCUCCGGCUCCAGCGGGCCUGAGACCUUCAACGUUGGCAGCAUGCCCUCCCCGCAGCAGCAGGUCAUGGUUGGGCAGAUGCACCGCGGCCACAUGCCCCCACUGACCUCAGCCCAGCAGGCCCUCAUGGGGACCAUCAACACGAGUAUGCACGCUGUCCAGCAGGCCCAGGACGACCUCAGCGAGCUCGACUCCCUGCCACCUCUUGGCCAGGAUAUGGCAUCUAGGGUGUGGGUUCAGAAUAAAGUGGAUGAAUCCAAACACGAAAUCCACUCUCAAGUUGAUGCCAUCACAGCUGGAACCGCAUCAGUUGUUAACCUCACAGCCGGUGAUCCUGCAGACACUGACUACAGUGCCGUGGGAUGCGCCAUCACCACCAUUUCUUCUAACCUGACGGAGAUGUCCAAGGGCGUGAAGCUGCUGGCGGCUCUCAUGGAUGAUGAGGUGGGCAGCGGGGAGGACUUGCUCAGAGCCGCAAGGACCCUUGCCGGGGCCGUGUCAGAUUUGCUGAAAGCUGUGCAGCCAACUUCUGGAGAGCCUCGACAGACAGUUUUGACUGCCGCUGGAAGCAUCGGACAAGCCAGCGGGGAUCUUCUGCGGCAGAUCGGAGAGAAUGAGACUGAUGAGCGAUUCCAGGAUGUUUUAAUGAGUUUGGCUAAAGCUGUUGCCAAUGCUGCUGCCAUGUUGGUACUAAAGGCAAAGAAUGUUGCCCAAGUGGCUGAGGACACGGUUCUACAGAACAGGGUGAUCGCCGCUGCCACCCAAUGUGCCCUCUCUACCUCCCAGCUUGUGGCGUGUGCCAAGGUCGUGAGCCCCACCAUCAGCUCCCCUGUGUGCCAGGAGCAGCUGAUUGAAGCAGGGAAGCUUGUGGAUCGCUCAGUAGAGAACUGCGUCCGCGCCUGCCAGGCGGCGACCGACGACGCUGAGCUGCUGAAGCAGGUCAGCGCAGCCGCCAGCGUGGUCAGCCAGGCCCUCCACGAUCUCCUGCAGCACGUACGGCAGUUCGCCAGCCGAGGCGAGCCCAUCGGUCGCUACGACCAGGCCACCGACACCAUCAUGUGUGUCACCGAGAGCAUCUUCAGCUCCAUGGGCGACGCUGGUGAAAUGGUGCGCCAGGCCCGGGUCCUGGCCCAGGCCACCUCAGACCUCGUCAACGCCAUGAGGUCAGACGCGGAAGCUGAAAUCGACAUGGAGAAUUCCAAGAAGCUCCUGGCAGCAGCUAAACUCUUGGCUGACUCCACAGCUCGCAUGGUGGAGGCUGCAAAGGGGGCUGCAGCAAACCCUGAGAAUGAGGACCAGCAGCAAAGGCUGAGAGAAGCUGCCGAAGGUCUCCGGGUGGCAACCAAUGCUGCGGCCCAGAAUGCUAUUAAGAAAAAAAUCGUCAACCGACUGGAGGUGGCAGCCAAGCAGGCUGCGGCUGCAGCCACGCAGACCAUCGCCGCCUCCCAGAACGCAGCCGUGUCCAACAAGAACCCUGCGGCCCAGCAGCAGCUGGUGCAGAGCUGCAAGGCGGUGGCCGAUCACAUUCCUCAGCUGGUGCAAGGGGUCAGAGGGAGCCAAGCUCAAGCAGAAGACCUGAGCGCCCAGCUGGCUCUCAUCAUCUCCAGCCAGAACUUCCUCCAGCCUGGAAGCAAGAUGGUGUCCUCUGCCAAAGCUGCAGUGCCCACCGUCAGCGACCAGGCUGCGGCCAUGCAACUGAGCCAGUGUGCCAAGAACCUCGCCACCAGCUUGGCAGAGCUGCGUACCGCCUCACAGAAGGCCCACGAAGCCUGUGGUCCCAUGGAAAUCGAUUCAGCACUGAGCACUGUGCAGACCCUGAAGAGUGAACUGCAGGACGCCAAGAUGGCGGCUGUGGAGAGUCAGCUGAAGCCACUCCCCGGGGAGACGCUGGAAAAAUGUGCUCAGGACCUGGGAAGUACAUCUAAAGCAGUGGGCUCCUCCAUGGCGCAGCUCCUGACCUGUGCUGCUCAAGGCAAUGAGCACUACACAGGGGUGGCUGCUCGAGAGACGGCCCAAGCUCUGAAAACACUGGCCCAGGCUGCCCGGGGUGUGGCUGCAUCCACAAGUGACCCGGCAGCUGCGCAUGCCAUGUUGGACUCCGCCCGGGACGUGAUGGAGGGCUCGGCCAUGCUCAUCCAAGAGGCCAAGCAGGCCCUGAUUGCACCUGGAGAUGCCGAGAGUCAGCAGAGACUAGCUCAGGUGGCCAAAGCCGUUUCUCACUCCUUGAAUAACUGCGUGAACUGUCUCCCUGGGCAGAAGGAUGUGGAUGUGGCCUUGAAGAGCAUCGGGGAGUCGAGCAAGAAGCUUCUGGUGGACUCGUUACCUCCGAGCACAAAGCCUUUCCAGGAAGCCCAGAGUGAACUGAACCAAGCAGCCGCCGAUCUGAACCAGUCUGCCGGGGAGGUGGUCCAUGCCACCCGGGGCCAGAGCGGAGAGCUGGCUGCAGCCUCCGGGAAGUUCAGUGAUGACUUCGAUGAGUUCCUUGAUGCUGGCAUUGAGAUGGCGGGCCAGGCGCAGACGAAAGAAGACCAGAUCCAAGUCAUAGGGAACCUCAAGAAUAUCUCCAUGGCCUCCAGCAAGCUACUGUUAGCUGCCAAAUCUCUCUCCGUAGACCCAGGAGCCCCCAACGCAAAAAAUCUCCUGGCUGCAGCUGCAAGAGCUGUGACCGAGAGCAUCAACCAGCUCAUCACGCUGUGCACGCAGCAAGCUCCUGGCCAGAAGGAAUGUGAUAACGCCCUGCGGGAACUUGAGACUGUCAAGGGGAUGUUGGACAAUCCCAAUGAGCCCGUUAGUGACCUGUCUUACUUUGACUGCAUCGAGAGUGUGAUGGAAAACUCCAAGGUUCUGGGAGAGUCGAUGGCAGGGAUUUCGCAGAAUGCCAAGACUGGGGACCUCCCUGCCUUUGGGGAGUGUGUGGGGAUUGCGUCCAAGGCUCUCUGUGGGCUGACGGAGGCUGCAGCCCAGGCUGCGUACCUGGUCGGUAUCUCUGAUCCAAACAGCCAGGCGGGCCACCAGGGCCUUGUGGAUCCCAUCCAGUUUGCCAGGGCCAACCAGGCUAUCCAGAUGGCGUGCCAGAACCUGGUGGAUCCUGGCAGCAGCCCGUCACAGGUUCUGUCCGCUGCCACGAUUGUCGCCAAGCACACUUCAGCCCUGUGCAACGCCUGCCGCAUCGCCUCAUCCAAGACGGGCAACCCCGUGGCCAAGAGGCACUUUGUCCAGUCUGCCAAGGAGGUCGCCAACAGCACCGCCAACCUGGUGAAGACCAUAAAGGCCCUGGAUGGGGACUUCUCCGAGGACAACCGCACCAAGUGUCGCAUUGCCACCGCCCCCUUGAUUGAAGCCGUGGAGAACUUGACAGCAUUCGCCUCCAACCCUGAGUUUGUCAGCAUUCCUGCCCAGAUCAGCUCCGAGGGCUCCCAGGCACAGGAACCAAUCCUGGUCUCAGCCAAGACUAUGCUGGAAAGCUCAUCGUACCUCAUCCGCACUGCCCGCUCACUGGCCAUCAAUCCCAAAGACCCGCCCACCUGGUCUGUGCUAGCCGGACAUUCCCACACCGUGUCUGACUCUAUCAAGAGUCUCAUCACGUCCAUCAGGGACAAGGCCCCAGGACAGAGAGAGUGUGACUUCUCCAUCGACAGCAUCAACCGGUGCAUCCGGGAUAUCGAGCAGGCUUCGCUGGCGGCCGUCAGCCAGAGCUUGGCCACGAGGGAUGACAUCUCCGUGGAGGCCUUGCAGGAGCAGCUGACUUCAGUGGUACAGGAAAUCGGACACCUUAUCGAUCCCAUUGCCACAGCGGCUCGGGGAGAAGCAGCUCAACUGGGACAUAAGGUGACACAGCUGGCAAGCUACUUUGAGCCCUUGAUCUUAGCUGCAGUGGGUGUCGCCUCCAAGAUUCUGGACCAUCAGCAGCAGAUGACGGUGCUGGACCAGACCAAGACGCUCGCAGAGUCUGCCCUGCAGAUGCUGUAUGCGGCCAAGGAAGGUGGAGGAAACCCCAAGGCACAGCACACCCACGAUGCCAUCACGGAGGCCGCCCAGCUCAUGAAAGAGGCCGUGGACGACCUCAUGGUCACGCUGAAUGAAGCUGCCAGUGAAGUGGGGCUGGUGGGAGGUAUGGUUGAUGCCAUCGCAGAAGCCAUGAGCAAGCUGGAUGAAGGUACUCCUCCAGAACCAAAGGGGACGUUUGUCGACUAUCAGACGACGGUGGUUAAAUACUCCAAAGCUAUUGCGGUAACAGCUCAGGAAAUGAUGACUAAGUCGGUUACUAACCCGGAGGAGUUGGGAGGACUGGCUUCACAAAUGACCAGUGACUAUGGGCACCUGGCUCUCCAGGGCCAGCUGGCAGCAGCCACGGCGGAACCAGAGGAGAUCGGCUUCCAGAUUCGCACUCGGGUGCAGGACCUGGGCCACGGCUGCAUCUUCCUGGUGCAGAAGGCGGGGGCCCUCCAGGUGUGCCCCACGGACAGCUAUACCAAGAGGGAGCUGAUCGAGUGUGCCCGCGCUGUCACAGAGAAGGUAUCCUUGGUGCUGUCAGCCCUCCAGGCUGGGAAUAAGGGAACCCAGGCAUGUAUCACAGCUGCCACUGCUGUAUCCGGGAUCAUCGCCGACCUGGACACCACCAUCAUGUUUGCGACUGCAGGGACCCUGAAUGCAGAGAACAAUGAGACAUUUGCAGACCACAGGGAGAACAUUCUGAAGACAGCCAAGGCCUUGGUGGAAGACACGAAAUUGCUGGUGUCGGGGGCUGCGUCCACUCCAGAUAAGCUGGCCCAGGCAGCUCAAUCGUCUGCAGCCACCAUCACCCAGCUCGCUGAGGUGGUCAAACUGGGGGCCGCCAGCCUGGGCUCUGAUGACCCCGAGACCCAGGUGGUGUUGAUCAAUGCCAUCAAAGAUGUGGCCAAGGCCCUCUCAGAUCUCAUCGGUGCUACCAAGGGCGCUGCCAGCAAGCCUGCCGACGACCCCUCCAUGUACCAGCUCAAGGGGGCUGCCAAGGUGAUGGUGACCAAUGUCACCUCCCUCCUCAAGACCGUGAAGGCAGUGGAGGACGAGGCCACCCGGGGCACACGGGCGCUAGAGGCCACCAUCGAGUACAUGAAGCAGGAGCUUACGGUAUUCCAGUCAAAAGAGGUCCCUGAAAAGACAUCAUCACCUGAAGAAUCCAUCAGGAUGACCAAAGGCAUCACCAUGGCAACGGCCAAAGCUGUGGCUGCUGGGAACUCUUGUCGACAGGAGGAUGUGAUAGCCACCGCCAAUCUGAGCCGGAAGGCCGUGUCGGACAUGUUGACGGCCUGCAAGCAAGCUUCCUUCCACCCUGACGUCAGUGAGGAGGUGCGCACCAGAGCCUUGCGGUACGGGACGGAGUGCACCCUCGGCUACCUGGACCUCCUGGAGCACGUCUUGGUGAUUCUUCAGAAACCAACCCCAGAACUCAAGCACCAGCUGGCUGCCUUCUCCAAGCGCGUGGCUGGCGCCGUGACGGAGCUCAUCCAGGCAGCAGAAGCCAUGAAAGGAACAGAGUGGGUGGAUCCCGAAGACCCAACCGUCAUUGCAGAAACAGAAUUACUGGGGGCUGCAGCAUCCAUUGAGGCUGCUGCUAAGAAGUUAGAGCAACUGAAGCCAAGAGCAAAACCGAAACAAGCGGACGAAACCCUGGAUUUUGAAGAACAGAUCUUGGAAGCUGCUAAAUCCAUUGCUGCUGCCACGAGUGCCCUCGUCAAAUCGGCCUCGGCAGCCCAGAGGGAGCUGGUGGCCCAAGGAAAGGUGGGUUCCAUUCCUGCCAAUGCUGCGGACGAUGGACAGUGGUCACAGGGCCUGAUUUCUGCUGCCCGGAUGGUGGCAGCCGCGACCAGCAGUCUCUGCGAGGCAGCCAACGCCUCAGUGCAGGGACACGCCAGCGAGGAGAAGCUCAUCUCAUCUGCCAAGCAGGUAGCUGCGUCCACGGCUCAGCUGCUUGUGGCCUGCAAGGUGAAGGCUGAUCAGGAUUCGGAGGCCAUGAGGCGUCUACAGGUAAUGGUCACUGAUGCUGGUGGGAAAAUACUCCUGUUGGAGCAGGCAGCAGGAAAUGCUGUGAAAAGAGCCUCAGACAACCUUGUUCGUGCAGCCCAGAAGGCAGCAUUUGGCAAAGCUGAUGAUGACGACGUUGUAGUGAAAACAAAGUUUGUAGGGGGCAUUGCUCAGAUCAUCGCCGCCCAGGAGGAAAUGCUGAAGAAGGAACGAGAACUGGAAGAAGCAAGGAAAAAACUGGCCCAGAUCCGCCAACAGCAGUAUAAAUUCCUACCCACCGAGCUGAGGGAGGACGAAGGAUAAGGCCAGAGCCAGGGUUGUGCGCCCCAGGGGACAGCCGGGCGUGAACUGGACGGACAGCGGUCCUGGGAGGCCGGGCACUGCCCAGGGAACUGCCCGCCUCCCCCUGGGGCGAGCCCAGAGCCCUGAGCGCUCCGGCUGCCUCUGCUGUGCUCUCAGGCACCGGCUGCAUGAUCGUGAUGUCGCACGGUACAGUGAGUCCCACCCACAGCUCCUCCACCGCCUCCCCCACCUCACCGUAUCUCAGGAGAGAGGGGCGCGGGAUCACGGAUGUUACCAAAAAGAAGUCAGUAUUACGUCGUCCUCAGACACUUGUGCUUCUGUCGGUCCUUCUCUAGGCCUGCUGUGAAAUCUUCAUAGGAAAAAACGAAAACGGCUUGGGGGAAAUCACUAAUGCCAUAGAUACUCAAAGAUCUUCUUCUCCCUCUCAGGCGAAGGUGGACAUUGGAGUUGGACACAGUUCAUAAAAGCCAGGAACAUAAACCAGUGUGGACUCCAGGAGGGCAACUCAGGCCUUCCUGCCUGUCUCUAGCACUGGUUCACCCGGAGGGUGAACAAUACCUGCUCCUGUUUGCACGCUUUAUUGCCUCAGUGUGUAAGCUCCUUGUACAAUCUAGAUCCAACUGGUAUUCUGUGGCCCAGAAAAUUGAAUGAUUUUUUUUUUUUCCUCCAUAAUCCAAAGGACAUGGGGGACUGUCAGGGCUCGGUGAGCAGGGGCUGUAAUAAAAUGUGUGGGCUCCUUACUCUGCA